UCUGAUUACUAUUGAUGACCACAGAGUAUGCCAAGACAGUGACAGAGUGUUUACCUGAGGCAAUGAAAGCGAGGCUUAGAGCAAUGCAUGGACAUGGCCAUUCAUGGAUCUGGUUGACAGUAUUGGUUUUCCAGUACUGUUUCCAACAAAGUGCUUCCUUUAUUUACUGGACUGCCAAUGUGGAAGUUAGAUACUUUGACAGAGGAUCUAAUGAAACUAUAAGCAGUCUAUGUGAGUGUGGUGUGUUCGGAGCGCACUCACCCUUGGAAUCAGCUUCUGGACUAAUAGUGCUUCCAAAUGGGGAUCCUCUGGCAUGCUCAGGGAACACUACUUUCACCGCAAGUCACCAGCCAUGGAUUGCCCUGAUAAAAAAAGGAAACUGUACCUAUUCACAGAAGGUACAGGCUGCCAAGCAAGAAGGAGCCUCUGCUGUAGUUAUUUACAAUAUAGAUGGGACAGGAAAUGCGACUAACCUUAUGGCACAUUCAGAUGCUGAUGACAUAGUUGCCAUAAUGGUUGGCAAUAUUCUAGGCACAGAAAUCACUAACCUGAUCAAGAAUGGCUCAGACGUCUAUAUGGUGAUUGCUGUAGCCAAUGCACAUGGCCUGUGGCUCAAUGCUACAUGGGCAUAUGCCCUGUCUUUCACCUUCAUUGGAAUAACAGCCAUCACUUUGUUCUACUUCGCUUUCCUGUUUACCAAACACAUGUACAUAAACCGACAACUUCGUAUGCAACAGAGGGAGAUGAAAAAAGUGACUGAAAAAGCAAUAGCAAAGUUACAAGUGCGGACUCUGCGGACAGGUGACCCGGAGGUUGGAACAGAGGACACGAGCUGUGUGGUGUGCACUGACUCAUUCACACAUAAUGAACAGGUCACAGUUCUACCCUGCAGACAUUUAUACCAUAAGAAAUGCAUUGAGCCAUGGCUCCUGGAACACCCCACCUGUCCCAUGUGUAAAUAUAAUAUCCUCAAAUCCAAGAUUGAUGAGGAGAUAGAUGAGCAGCCCUCAUCAGCACCAUCAAACAACUCAUUCUGUUUAGCUACAGUAAUGACAGUCACAUCAGCAGACCAACACAACACAUUAGACUCACACAUUCAAACUGCAGAAACGGCUCUUGGACAUACAUCAGACCGUGUGUAUUAUGGCCCGGAUAUCCAGACACAACACAUUUAUGAGAACCAAGCAUUUGAAGAAGAACCAGAGAUAAUGGAGCAGCAGGAUAUCAACAGCCAAGAUUAAUAUACUAUAACAUAUUUUAAAAAAUUCUACAGUUUGAAUAUCACAAACAGCCAAAAUACUGUGUGAAAUGUGUCAAAAAGAAAGACAUACAAAAAGUAAGAAUCUUAAAAUGGGAUGCUCAAAUUGUGACAGACUAUUUAUUAAUAACUGAGCA